AUGGCUCAAAAGAUGUUGAUGAUGGCGGUCCUUGUGAUAUUGGGGACGACGAUGGCGACCGUUACAGUUGCAAGUCCGGCUUGUUUGCAGAGCUUGAUGUCUUGUGCUCCUUACUUCAACAACACCGAUGUCACACUGCCAGACGAUUGCUGUAACCCUCUCCAACAAGCCGUCGCUACUGAACUUAUUUGCCUUUGCAGCCUCUUCAACCUGCCUUCUUUGCUUAGUUCUUUUGACAUCCCCUACGUUGGAGCUAUUAGGAUCGCCAGUCAGUGCGGUGUCGUUGAUAUAAUCAGCGACUGCAUCAGCGCUCCUUCUCCUGCUCCUACACCAUAA